CGCACAGAACGAAGUUGACUCAAUUGACUCAACCUCACGACCACCUGUAGGAAAUGACUCUGCAGUUGACUCAAUGGCUGCCACUGAAACUGACUCUGAAGAGAACGCUUAUUUCCCUCAUUCGUAUCACGACGAAACGCAAAGCGAAACGGCUCCGGGCCGGAGCUUUGCGGCGUUUCAGAGAAAACUACACUCGGAUAGUUCACGAAAAAGAGGAAUGCCAAAAAACUGUAGGAGGAGGCGACGCAGCCAGAAGAACUUGAGGACGCUGGAGAACGAUUUGGAAAAGGAUAGCUUAGGAUACUCAUCCUUGCCCCCGUAGGAUACUUUUCGUGGAAAAUGUUGUUUGACUUAAUGAAAGGAAAUCAUUUAUUAUUAAAAUGAUAUUGAACACAUCACCGAGGCAUGCGAUAAUUUGGGUUACAUGCGGCUAUUCGGAAUCGACAAGGAGAAUAAUUUUGUUGAUCAGCGACUUCAUCUACAUUGGACUAAAAGAUAAAAAUGAAUACAAGUAAACCCACGACAUUGGAAUAAUAAUCACAGUUACAAGAGAUAAUUUAGGAAACUUAUAAAAGAGGUAAUAAAUGACAGAAUAUGUUGAGAUCAACAUGAGUCAACUGUUGACGUAUCAACAGCCAUAGCUUGGCGCUCAGCUAGUACUGAAACGAACAAAAUUCAUGAGCUGGAAGCACUAGCAGACGUCUAGAAUAUGACGGCAAGUUCUCCAGGAAACUUGAUACAUUUAUAAGAAUCUGAGCUCCGUGACAUGAAGUCAGACCUUAUUCAAUAAAGUUAAUACAGUUAAUAAUAAAGUGAAGACUUUAGCCAAUAAAGUUAAUAUUUUAUUAAUAAAAAAUCGCUCUCUGAGAUCAAUAUUUUAAAGUCAAAUCAAUUCCUUCAAGUUUCACUUUCAAUUUUGGAAUACAAUUGAGGUCUUGGGCCUGAUAAUUAUGGGAAAUACAUUGCCUCAUUCACUGGAACAGUCGGUCUUUCAAUGCAAAAAUCACUUCGACAAGACCUACUGCCAUUGACUUAUACAUUUGUACAUUUCGGUUCCGUUUUAAGGAAGUACAUCGAGAUACAAUCUUCUUAGCCCCGAUGGCACGUAUAACCGGUUAGUCCGUAAAACCAAACAUUAUUUAUUGAAGACGGUUUAGUUUUUUUUUACUUAGACAAGAUAUAAUCUGAUUGAGGACAGCAGGUCCUCAAUCACAACCGUACAAGAUUUAGAUCACGAAAAGGUUCCAGUUCUGUAGCUGUUAUAUUCAACGGUUCAUCCAAUACUUCAACGGUUCAAUAGACUGGUUUUUUAUUACAUGAUGACGAGGAGACGCAUUCAAUAGGUAAUAAUAAUAAUUUUAAAAAUACUGU